ACAAUGGGGAAGAAGCGAGGACGGGAGUCUGCAGCAGCUGCUGCUGCAGCUGCUGCUGCAGCUGCUUCCCCUGCAGCAACAGCGGAAGCAGCUGCUGCUGCCGCCAAAGCUCCCCUGGGCUUGCUGCAACGUAAACUGCAGCGGCUGAUGCCAUCGAGCGCCUCAGCAGCAGCGGCUAUUGCCGCUGCUCCGAACAUGACGCUCCCCGUGCAAGGACCACAUGGACAGUGGAUAGCACCGAGUGCGCAGCAGCAAGUGCAGCAAUUGCAGCAAGUGCAGCAAGAGCAGCAAGUGCAGCAAGUGCAGCAGCAAGAGUUGACUGGACGCCGUCAGAAGGUUAGGGGGAGCUCGAAAUCCGCAGAAGAGGUUCAGUCCCCUGCUGCGUGGAGGCGCAGCAGUACCAGCGCGAAGGCUGUUCGCAGUUGCGGCAGCGGCAGCAAGGGGCGUGACAAGGAGGGUGCGAUAAGUGCAGAGGCAUGGGCUCUAGUUCGAGGCUGCAAGACGCUGCAGCAGAGGAAGCAAGAAAUGGCGGCAGCAGCAGUGCGUAUCAUGUCUGCCCCGGAGCGAGCUGCCGAGGAUCUCGAUAUUUUGUUUGCCUUCUGCAGUCAGGCGCGAUCAGCAGCAGAAGCAGCGGGGGUAGCGUGUGGAGGCGCGAGGACGGAGCAGCAGCAGCCGCAGCAGCAGGAGCAGCAGCAGAGGCGCCUGCUGCGACUCCGUGAGUUGCUGCAGACUCGGCAGCUCGCGAUUCUGUCGCUUGCCGCAGUUCUGCGUGACACUCUACCCAGACAUAAGUUGACGGCAGCAGCUGCUGCAGAGACAGCAGCCGCCGCAGCAGCAGAAGCUGCCAAAAGCGGCAACAAGAAUGCUGCUCUGAAGGCUUUUCGCCUUUCCAAAGACGUGGAGAGGCAGCAGCAACACGAGCAGCAGCACAUUCGCACGUACCGCCGAUUCGUGGCGCUCUUGCAGCACGAGCUAAAGCCUCUGUUGCAGAGCAGGCUUGCAGGCAGGCUCGACUGUCUCGCCAUGGAGCUGCCUCCUGCUGCAGCAGCGGCACGAGCAGCAGCAGAAGUUGUUGGCGUGAUACCUAUCUUCAACGAAUCGGAUACGUCUUUGCUGCAGCUCGCCGUGCAGGCUGCAGCAGCCGCCACUGCAGCGGCAGUGGAGCUGCAGGUGCAACAAGAACAAGAAGAACAAGAAAAACGCGAGCGAGAGCAAGAGCAACGUCGCGAGCACUUGCGGCUGCUUCAGGAAGCAAGUUCAAGCAUCACAGAGGCUUUGCAACACGUCGUUGCAGAGGACAGGAGUCUGCAGACAGCCGCAGUCGUGAUCGAGGUGUGCAUACAGCAGGCUACUACCAUAGGGCUGCAGCAACAGCCUCAGCGUCUCCAACGCCAACCGCAGUAUGCUCAGUAUGCGAGAAGCGCAGCAGCUGCGGCUCUGGUAGAUGUUGCAUUGAAGGUGGAUAUUCGGAGGAAAAGGCACGACGCCGAGGCUGAACAGCUCAAUAAAAACGUCGAUCACGCACUCCGUAGAGAUCUUCGUGCAAGGUAUACGGCAGCGUCGGUGCCCUCGCUGCUUGUACAGUUGGGUCCUGCAGCGGCUGCGGCUUGGGUGUUGGUGCCUCUGCUGCUCGCUUACAAGCUGCGGAGCGCUUUACAGACUGACUGCGUGUGGAUAGCGGAGGCUAUAGCCGCGCUGGCGUCUGCGGCGCUGCCACAGUUUGCCGCAGGGCAGCAGGGUAGUCGAGAAGCUGCAAGUCUAGCGGCUGCUUCGACUGCGUUGCUGCGGCAAGAGCAAAGCAGCGGGAUGUCUUUCUUCAGCGGCAGAUGCAGGAGCGGCAACGGUGCCGUCCUUGUAGACACAGGCUUUGCCUGCAAGCUUCUGCAUGCGUUGGAGCUGCUGCAGCAGACGCCGCAGCUGUGGGGUGGAGGACGGGCUGAGCCGCAGCUGCAGCGCAUGCAGCAGCACAAGCAGCUCGCUGCAGCAACCUCUCGAGGCGUUGCCGCUGUUCGCGUCGAGGAAGCUUUGGAGGGGAGCUUUGUUGGCAGCAGCAUCUGCAGCCAUAGCCACACAGGCAGCGCAGCGUGUGUGCAGUCCUUGCUAAAGCUGGGAGGCACACUGCUCGCCAACGCCACGCUUGCCGAUGCCUCUGUUGGUCGGCGUAUUGUUCAAAGGCUGCUGCGGCUGCUGCAGCAAAUGCCGCGUAUGAGCGAUGCGGUAACACCAGAAGGAGCAACAGGAGAGGGUGUCUCCUUCCACUCUGUGCUGCUGCUACUUACCGCCAGCUGCGAUCCCGCCACAAGCGACUUGGCCUUAGCCGCUCUGAGUCUUGCAGGCGCGCAGCAGCAGCCGCAGCAGAAGCGCAGGAAGCUGGAGCCUCAGCAGGAUCUGGCAGCCGCAGCGAGAACUGCAAGAGCUGUCUGCAACGUUUGUGCCACGGCAGACUGCACAGCCAUGGAUUUCUGCUGCUUUUCUGCCGCCGAUGAAGAGCAGAUGCUACAGCAGCUUUUUCUGAACGUUCCACCUCCUGCGCCUCUAAGGCACAACGCAAUCACAGCCGCUGGCGGGAAGAAGGCAACGGCUCGAGAAAACAAAUCCAGUUCUCCAGCGGCUCCCCCCGCGGCAAACAUAAAGGACGAGUCUACCGACAACAAGCACUGCGCAGCUGCCGUCCAGCAGCAAGAAAUCCGGAAGCAACUAGAGCAGCACCCACUCGCCAGACAUGAGCUGAAAAAGCAGCAGCAGCAGCAGAAGCCACAGCAGCAGCACCACGGAGAGCAAGUGCCGGACGGAGAAAGCGGUAGCUGCAAGAGGAGUGCCUCCUUCCGCAGACGCCAACGCAAACGCGCAGCAGCAGCAGCAGCAGCAGCAGCAGCCCCCUUCGCCACUGCAGCAGCAGAAGCUGGUGCUGCUGAGGGGAUCUCUUCUACAGUUGCAAUCUGUUCCCCCGCGUCGGCAGGUGCCUCUGCAGCCGAUAGUCUUUCUGGAGGAGUGCGACCAGCAGACGGUGAGGCAGAAGCGCUUGGCGAGGUAGCAGUAGUGGUCAGUGCGGCUGUCAUUGAAGCCUCCACAGCUGCUGCCGCUCUGCGAAGACGGGGAUUCUCUGUAAACGAAUUGGGUGCAGGAGCUGCACCUGAGAGCUCUGCAUGCGACAGCUCCGCGGCAGCCAAUAUUGAGGCAACGAAGGCUACUCGCGAUGCGGAGCAUACCGCUGCCCAUCCAUCAGUAGCACCUGCAACUACACAGUCAACGCCAGAGGCAGCGCGUACAGCACUAGAGGCACCUCAACCAGCAUCUGCGACUGCUCAGUCAACGCCAGAGGCAGCGCGUGCAGCACCAGAGGCGCCUCAGCCAGCAUCUGCGACUGCUCAGUCGAUGACAGAGGCAGCGCAUGCAGCACCAGAAGCGCCUCAGCCAGCAUCUUCGACCGCUCAGUCGAUGACAGAGGCAGCGUAUGCAGCACCAGAGGCGCCUCAGCCAGCAAUUGAGGCACCUCAGCCAGCAUCUUCGACUGCUCAGUCGAUGACAGAGUCAACGGCAGAGGCACCUACACCAGCACCCGAAGCACCGCAUGCAGCACCAGAGGCACCUCAGCCAGCAUCUUCGACUGCUCAAUUAACGCCAGAGGCAGCGCAUGCAGCACUUGAGGCACCUCAGCCAGCAAUUGAGGCACCUCAGCCAGCAUCUUCGACUGCUCAGUCGAUGACAGAGGCAACGCAGUCAACGGCAGAGGCACCUACACCAGCACCCGAAGCACCGCAUGCAGCACCAGAGGCACCUCAGCCAGCAUCUUCUACUGCUCAAUUAACGCCAGAGGCAGCGCAUGCAGCACCAGAGGCACUUCAGUCAGCAUCUUCGACUGCUCAAUUAACGCCAGAAUCAGCGCAUGCAGCACUUGGGGCACCUUAG